GCGUCGCAGGACGGUGACGUCGUCGCUUGGUGACGUGUCAGUUUGUUUACAGCGUCGCUCUGAAGCAGCAGCUCAGAUACACAUUCAGGCAUGGCUGUGGAUAUAACUCUACUAUUCAAAGCCAGCGUCAAGACGGUGAAAACCAGGAACAAGGCGAUAGGAAUAGGCUUUGACUCUACUAAAGAUGAGAUCUUCAAGAGGAGCAGAGCCAAGAGUGGCUUCUCUCCGAAGGCGAAAGAAGUGAUCACGAACAUCACCAAGCUCAAAGACUUUCUGCUACAACACAGGAAAGAUUAUGUGAGCGCCGGAAGUCUCAUCUCAUCAGAUCUCACCCGUAUGACGGACAACGAACGAGACCAGAUCGACCAGGAUGCUCAGAUCUUUAUGAGGACCUGCUCCGAGGCCAUCAAGCAGCUACGCAAUGAAGCGGAGAAGCAAGUGACAUCAGCCCAGAUAAAGGAGCACAGAGGGGCAGUGCUGGACCUCAUUGAAGUGUAUCUGAGAGGAGUAUGUAAGGUGUACUCUGAACAGAGAGCAAUCAGAGUCAAGAGAAUGGUGGACAAAAAGAGGCUUUCCAGACUGGCACCAGAUCACCACAGUAGGGCGGCGAAAACGGUGCAGGUGGAGCCCACAGAGGAGAAGACUGUCAAGGAGGAAAGUUCUGAGAAGACUGUGUCAGAGGUCGUGGACAACCCUGUCAACCUGUGGGAGGAAGGCCGAGUGGAGGACGAGCUUUCUCCUGAGGAGAUCCAGAUGUUUGAGCAGGAGAACCAGAGGUUGGUGAGUGAGAUGAACAGCCUGGUGGAUGAAGUGAGGCAAAUCGAGGGGAAGGUGGUGGAGAUCUCUCGACUGCAGGAGAUCUUUGCUGAGAAAGUCCUGCAACAAGAAACAGAGAUAGACAGCAUUCAUCAGCUGGUUGUGGGUGCUACAGAAAACGUCAAAGAAGGCAACGAGGAUAUACGAGAGGCAAUCAAAAACAACGCUGGCUUCCGGGUGUGGAUCCUGUUCUUCCUGGUCAUGUGCUCUUUCUCUCUCCUCUUCCUGGACUGGUACGACAGCUAACACAACUCGCCAGCACGGACUCUAUACUACAGGAAACUGGCACUGGCACAUAUUGGUUAUCUCAUAACGAUGUGAUGACACCACUGAGACUGAAUGUACAGUUUACUGUGCUGGACCUGGUGUACAAAGUGCUCUUCAUGAAGAUUCAAGCAGAGAUGGCAGUUUGUUCUUCCCUGAUGCUAACUAUCUAUUAAUGUUUGUCCACGGCAGCUUCAAUGUUUUAGAGCACUUCUGAGUAGGCGAGCUUUGUGUGGAUCACCGUUUGGUCGGACAGUCCCUCUUUCUCUGCCACUAAAAGCAGUAAUGAUGGUUUGAUUAGCAGCAACUAUUCUUGUCUGGCUGACUGAAAAAAAACAUUGAUUUCCGACUAAAGGAUGCUGUUCAGUCUGGCACUACACUCACUUGCUGUCUCGUCUACACUAUUUAAAUAGAUUGUGUACCUCAAUGACAUAUAAAUUAUACUUCACUGUCAAAUGCUGAUGAAUGUUUUGCUUUCAAGGCAAUUAUGAGCAGCAGAACAAUUCAUUUAAUAUCUAUCACAGCAUAACUGUACUGACACACCACUCACAUUCUAGUAAAAACUAAGCAAUUGUCUUAAUUAAA